GUGGCGUCACUUCCGGCGUUUGCGUGUGGGGGCCGUCAGACGCGGAAUGGCGGCUCUACGGAGUUGGCUGUCGCGGAGCGUAGCCUUCUUCUACAGGUACAAACGGUGCGUGGCAGUCGCGGCUGACUGUGAGAAGCGCCGUUUCUCGGGAUUGAUAAGGCCAUGGCACAAAAGUGUGGCUGCUGGAUUUGGGGUAACCCUGUGUGCAGUUCCUAUUGCCCAGAAACCGGAGCCUCAUUCUCUUAGUAAUGAUGCAUUAACGAGGAGGGCUGUGUCUUUGGUAACAGAUAGCACCUCUACCUUUCUCUCUCAGACCACAUAUGCAUUGAUUGAAGCAAUCACUGAAUAUACUAAGGCUGUUUAUACCUUAAGUUCUCUGUAUCGACAAUACACAAGUUUACUUGGGAAAAUGAAUUCACAGGAGGAAGACGCAGUGUGGCAGGUGAUCAUAGGAGCCAGAGUUGAGAUGACUUCAAAACAGCAAGAGUACUUGAAGUUGGAAACCACCUGGAUGACUGCAGUUAGUCUCUCAGAGAUGGCAGCAGAAGCUGCAUACCAAACCGGAGCGGACCAGGCCUCUGUAACUGCCAGGAGUCAUAUCCAGCUGGUGAGAUCGCAGGUGCAGGAGGUGCGCCAGCUUUCCCAGAAAGCAGAAACCAAGUUGGCAGAAGCACAGACAGAAGAACUCCGACAGAAAACACAGGAGGAAGGGGAUGAGAGGGCUGAGCCGGAGCAGGAGGCCUACCUGCGUGAGGAUUGAGGGCCUGAGCUGCUGCCCACGUCUGCCCACUCGGCCUGGGGAAAGCAAGGGCAGACACCAUCCAGCCCCAGGUCAGCACAGCUUUCUCUGCGCACAGAGGCAUGGCAGGCAGGUCCUGCCCUGGCCCAUCAGACCAGAGGUCAUUGUGAGCUGUGAGUGCCUGACCCCUAUCUCCACAGUCUCAGGCUUCUACUGGACCUGGUUCUUAGCCCUGCAGGGCACACUGCACCCCGUUUAACAUUUCACCCUGCUCAGCAGAGCUGCCCUCUCACCCAUCGAUCUUUUUACCUCCCACCCAGAGCAUCUCACCAACCUGGCCAGAGAGAAGGGGCCUUCUCUGUCAUGUCCACUAGUAGCUGUUAAAUCUCGGUUUCCCAUCUAACAUUUUCAAAUAUGACUUAGUAUUUGCUCCCUC